AUGGAUGAGAAACCGAUGCCUAGCCCCGUGUUGAGGGCGGCGAUCCUUAUCGUGUCGACAACAGCUGCCCAGGACCCCUCAACUGACUCGGCCGAUGCUGCCAUCAGGGAUGUCUUUGAGACGGACGGCGGCAGCCAGUGGACAGUCACGGACUCGGCCAUCGUCGGUGAUAUCGUCGCCCAUAUCCAACGGCAGAUCAUGCUGUGGACUGACAACAGAAGAGAAGGAGAAGGAGACGCCGUCAACCUGAUCGUCACCACCGGCGGCACUGGCUUCGCCGUCGCCGACGACACUCCUGAGGCAGUCUCGCCUCUUCUCCACAAGGACGCCCCCGGUCUGGUCCACGGCAUGCUCGCUGCUUCCCUGGCCGUCACGCCCUUUGCAAUGAUGUCGCGGCCCGUCGCCGGCAUCCGGAACCAGACCGUCAUUAUUACGCUCCCCGGGUCGCCCAAGGGCGCCAGAGAGAAUCUCAGGGCCGUGCUCAGGAUGCUGCCCCAUGCCUGCCUGCAAGCUGCGGGAGCCAACUCUAGAGCCCUCCACUCAGGCGGCGUGAGAAGGCUGGAACAGGAGGCCCGAGUCGGGUCUGGUGCUGCCGACGGGCAUUCCCAUGCCCAUCACCACGGACACGAUCAUGCACACAGCCACGGCCACGGACAUGGCCACGGCCACGGUGGUCUUGUGCGGCACACCAAACCCAGCGAGAACCCCAAGUCGAACGACCCGAGUCUUGGACCGAGCCGUCGGCACAGAGAGUCUCCCUAUCCCAUGCUCUCGGUAGAAAAGGCCCUCGAGCUGAUCAAGGAGCACACCCUAGCCCCUGAAAUUGUCGCGGAAAAGGUGGGCAGCGCGCUGGUCGGCGCGGUACUCGCUCAGGAUGUGAAAGCCAGGGAGAAUGUGCCGGCGUUUAGGGCGAGCAUCGUGGACGGCUAUGCCGUCGUAGUUCCCCGCGACGGCGACAUGAAAGGCGUGUUCCCUGUCACCUCCGUGUCGCAUGCCGCCCCCGGAGAGGCUGCCGCUUUGAAGGAGGGCGAGAUUGCGAGGAUCACGACCGGCGCACCGCUGCCCCCUGGCGCCACUUCCGUCAUCAUGGUCGAAGACACGGUGCUGGUGUCGAUGACUGACGACGAGAAGGAGGAGAAGGAGAUUGAGAUCCUGGCAGACAAUGUCAAGGAGGGCGAGAACAUCAGGGAAGUUGGCAGCGACAUAAAACAAGGCGACCUCAUCCUCGGCAAGGGGGAGCAGGUGUCGACCUCCGGAGGCGAGAUCGGCCUUCUGGCCGCCACGGGCGUGGCCGAGGUGCAGGUCUACCGCCGGCCGACUAUUGGAGUCUUGUCGACCGGCGACGAGCUUGUCGAAUCCAGCCGCCCGGGCGACCUGCGGCUCGGGGAGGUCCGGGACACCAACCGCCCGACGCUGAUUUCGGCGGCCGAGGAGCAGGGCUACGAGGCCAUCGACUUUGGCAUCGCAAGCGACAAGUCGGGAUCGCUGGAGGAGCGCCUGAGGCAGGCGCUGCGCCAAACGGAUCUCGUCAUCACCACAGGCGGGGUAUCGAUGGGCGAGCUCGACCUGCUGAAGCCCACGAUAGAGCGCUCCCUCGGCGGAACCAUCCACUUUGGCCGCGUGGCCAUGAAGCCCGGCAAGCCGACGACGUUUGCGACAGUGCCCGUCAAGGACAACACCGGCGAGAGGGUUUCCAAGGUCAUCUUCUCUCUGCCAGGGAACCCGGCCUCGGCGCUGGUCUCGUUCCACCUCUUUGUGCUCCCGUCUCUGCACCAAAUGUCCGGCAUCUCUCCCCUGGGUCUCACACGAGUGCUUGUGACGUUGUCCCACGACUUCUCCCUAGACAAGGCUCGGCCCGAAUACCAGCGAGCUAUCGUUUCCAUUACCAAGGACGGAACACUUUCUGCGACUAGCACAGGAGGCCAAAGGAGCUCCAAGGUUGGCAGUAUGAAGGGCGCCAAUGCUCUCCUUUGCCUGCCGAGCGGCCUAGAGCCGCUACAAAAGGGAACCAAGGUCGAGGCACUGUUGAUGGGUGACAUACGAAGUAGUUUAUAA